AUGACAGACGCGAAUCCAGUAAAUAUUUACGAGUACGAAGAAGUCGCUCGCACCAAGUUGGGCAAAGGCGAGUACGACUUCAUCGCCGGCGCCGCCACCGAUGAAAUUACCCUUCGCCGGACCCGCGCCGUUCUUGACUCCAUUGUAAUGAAGCCAAGGAUGCUGGUGGAUAUCAGUGACAAGGACAUGAGCACCACGGUGCUGGGACAGGAGAUCAGUUUUCCGGUCAUGCUGGACCCAGCCGGCAACCACAGCGCUGCCCAUCCGGACGCCGAACUGGCCACCGCUCGCGCCGCCGGAUCUGCCGGCACUUUGAUGGUUCUCAGCGCCCAGGCUUCACGCACCCUGGAAGAGGUGUCACAAGCCGCCUCCGGGCCCAUCUGGUACCAGCAAUACUUUUUUAAGGACCGGGGCCUCACCCUCGAAAUGGCUCGGCGUGCGGAAGAGGCUGGGUACUCCGCCCUGUGCCUGACUGUGGACGCAAAGGUCAAGCCCAAGCGGGAGCGCAACAUCCGCAACAAUUACCAGGGUCCUGCUUCGCCCAACUACGACCCGUCGCUGAACGUUGGCGGCAGCAGUUGGACCUUUGGCCUGGACGCACCCUCCGGGGCAAACGACAUCCGGGAUCAGGCGGCAACCUACGAGGACCUUGACUGGCUGGCCUCCAAUACCAGGCUGCCCCUGGUGGUGAAGGGAAUCAUGGUUGCCGAGGACGGCUACCAAUCCGCCGAGCAUGGGGCCAAGGCGGUCAUAGUCUCCAACCACGGCACUCGUUACCUGGACACCACCUUUGCCACCAUUGAGGUGCUGCCCGAAGUGGUUGAUGCGGUUAACGGCAAUAUUGAAGUCUACAUGGACGGUGGAAUCCGUCGCGGUUCCGACGUUUUCAAAGCCCUGGCCCUGGGCGCGCGGGCGGUGCUGAUUGGCCGUCCCUUGUUCUGGGGGCUGGCAGUGGACGGUGAGGACGGUGUCAAGUCCGUCCUGGAAAUGCUGCGCGACGAACUUGAGGCCACCAUGGGCAUGUGCGGCAAAACCACGGUUGAGAGCAUUGACCGUGAUUCAAUAGCCACGGUCUCUCCGCUCCUGUCACUGUUCCCGACUGGGACGGAGUUCAGGUAA